AUGGCUAAACAAUUUAAUAAUUUUUUUGAAGAAACUUAUAUUAAAAAUCUUCUAUGUAGCUCUUUUGAAACUGACUUGACUGCACUAUCUAGUAACAGUCACAAGUUCUUUUCAAGGAAUUAUAAUAAGAUUGUAGUUAUAAGCAUGAUAUCUUUUUCUAAUAACUAUACGAUAAAAGACUUUAUUAGUGAUUUCAGGCAAUAUCAGAAAGUAGACUUACAUGAAAAUAUUUUAAAAUUCAUAGGCAUCAUUAAACAAAAAUGUUGGAGAUAUGGUUCUAAUUUACGUCCAACUAUUCAACAAGUUUUUAAAAAUUUAAAUGAUAUUCAUUACAAUUAUGAAGAAAUCAUUACAGAAAUUGUUAAAAAUAAAGAACACAAAGAGAAACCUAUAUCAAGUAUAGAAAAUUCUAAUACAACAAGUUUAUUACAACAUUAUAAUGAUUUACAGUAUGAAUUAAUCAAAGAAUUAGAGAUAAUCUCUUCAGUAAUUACAACUCUCAAAAAAGCUUUAAUCAAAAAUCCUGUUAAUUCAUUAAACCUUUCCAUAAAUAUUCCUAAAAAAAUUCCUUCAAUUAUUACAAACCAACUAUACGAUAAUAAUUUAUUGAGAUUUCUUUUCAAUUUAAAUAAUUUAUUUAUAUUACAAUUUAAUAUUCAAGGAAUUUCUGAAAUCACGUCGUCAUCAAUAGUUCAGUGCAUACGAAAUUCUAUAAUUAAUAAUGGCAAAUAUCCACCGGAAGUUUUCAAUCUUUAUUAUAAUAAUCAAUUUAGAUUUUGUUUUACUGGAAUUAUUGGUUUCUUUUAUGAAUAUGGAAUUGGAACUAAUGUUGAUUAUUAUAAAGCUUUUGAUAUGUAUAAGAAGGCCGCUGAUGAAUUUCGUUUUACUUAUUCUUUAAAUAAGAAUGAUUAUUUUCUUAUUACUGAUGAUUUAUUAAAAUCAAAUCAAUUCAUUGGAUUAAUCUCUCUUGGUAUUCUUUAUAUAUAUGGAAAAGGUGUUUUAGUAAAUAAACAAAAAGCUUUUCAAUUAUUUUUAAAAUCCGUUGUUAGAGGUUCAAUUUUAGGACAAUGUUAUAUUGGUGAUUGUUAUCAUUAUGGUUACGGUGUUAAUGUAGAUCAUUCUCAAUCUUUUGAUUGGUAUUUUAAAUCUGCAAAAGAUGGAAAUGCAAGAGCUCAAAAUGCAAUUGGUUAUAGUUAUCAAUUGGGUGAAAAAAUUCUUAAAAGUAAUAGUUUAGCUUUCUCAUGGUUUAUUAAAUCGGUUGAAAAUGAAUUAGGAUUUAUAUUAUGUUUGGAAAUGAGUGCUGCCAAGAAAAAACCUGUGAAUUAA